UACACGUAUAAUGUCUCAGUUCGAAGAGUUCAUCCUGUGCGAGCGAAUCACUUUCUGGGUUUGGAAAUGUUACGGUCUUUGGGCGAGCAAGGAUGAAAGCCCGUACUACCGAGCGUUCCGACGGAUAUACCACUUUUUCUUCACCUUUAUCUAUCUGAUCGCGAUGUUCGCCAGUGCCUUCUACACGGACAAUCUGUGGUCAGGUAUUAUGUUCAUCUUGCUGACCGAGAUCGCCAUGGUCACGAAAACAAUCGUAACCACGAACAGGUUUGAAACUAUCUAUCGACUGCAUCGGUUGACCAUCACGGAACAUUUCACACCGAGGACGGAACAUGAGUGGCAAGUUCAUAGGAAAUUGUUUGGCACCUUGAGUGCGGCUUUAAUGGUAUACCUACUGGGGAGCCUUAGUGCCUGCCUUUCACAUUUCGCAUACUUGUUCGACGGUCAGUACAAACUGCCAUAUUUCGGAUGGUUCUACUGGGUUCCACUCGGAAAAACGAAUCCAACCAACUUUUACUGGGUGUUCAGUUAUCAGAUGUUCGGAAUGAUAGGCCACUGUCUACUGAAUGUCACUGGUGAUAUGCAUAUCAUAUACCUUCUGGCGGCAGCCGGGAGUCAGCUGGAUUUGUUGAAACUGAGAUUCGCGAAACUGCCGGCCGAUUGCAACAGGUCCCAGACAUACAGGAAGACAUUCGCAGAGAACGUUCAGCAGUACAACCGGAUUCACAGCUUUGUAAGGGAGACAGAGAUAGCAUUUUCGGAACCGAUCUUUGCCCAAAUGUGCGCUAGCGGUGUAACAAUUUGCGCGUCCGUGUUGCGGCUCUCUAGUAUCAACAUCUUGGACCAAAUCGGGAUCACAAUUCCCAUAUUUAUUUACCUCAUAGCUAUGUUGGGUCAAAUAUUUCUGCCUUGCUACUACGGCAAUGAGAUCACACUCAAGAGUCAGCAACUGACGAAAGCCUUAUUCGCCUCCGAAUGGUACAAAUUGGCAGUAGUUGACCGGAAGGAAUUGACGAGGUUUAUGUUACGCACCAACAAACCGAUACAACUGAAGGCUGGCGGGUUUUUCUAUUACAAUCUGGAGGCAUUCACAGCAACACUCAAUACAGCAUACUCAAUCUACGCAGUCGUUAACAGAAAGCAACGGUCGUAACAUUUCUCAUAUGCUGGAA